CACAUCCCACAAAGAAACGGACUGCAAGGCCGGGGAACAACUUGUAUUGUGCACUAUCACUCCAUUUUACAAUGACUGAGAACCGUACAGCCACCAACCCUCACACGCCGCUUCCUGCAGUCUCUGUGUUGCCCUAGGCCCACCGAAAGUGCAAGCCCAACUAGACUUGGACUCCCCUUGAAUCGGAAAGCCAUGUCGUUCGAGCACGCUUCCGUUACAAAGGGGAUCAUGAUGGCUUGUGCACUUACCUCCAUUACGGCGGGUGUUUUCGAUGUGAAGCAUUAUCUCCAUCUCCAGUUAGUACCACACCUCUCCCGUCAUCACCAGUACUGGCGUCUUUUAACGCACCACCUUGCAUUCUCGAAUUCGAGCGACCUCUUACUUGCGGAGCUACUCCUCUACGGGGUCGGUGUAAAUACUGAGCGACAGUUCGGCAGCGUCAAGUUUGCGUCAUUCACCAUCGUCUCGGGGCUGGCAUCGACGCUGCUAGAGUUCAUGGCACUCCUAUUACUGCAUCGCGUAGGCGUGAACCAUAUACCAGGUGGACCAUCCGCGAUCGUCUUCAGCAUGUUAUACCAGUGGUACAGACUGGUCCCAACAGCCUAUCACUUCAAGAUAUUCGGCAUGCCGUUGAGCAACAAGGCAUUUACCUAUGUACUUGCAUUACAACUUGCGUUGGGCCACAUACCCGGUUCACUCGUAUCCUCGUGUGUAGGACUUCUCGUUGGGUGCAUCUACCGCUCGGAACUCAUCAACAUUAAAACAUGGCGAGUAUCACCAACUGUAAUCAAUCUGUCUUCCCGCUUUCUAUUGCCCCUCAUUGGCUCGACUCGCCCACCGCGUCGAUUCAAUCGUGCUCGCCCCGAGCAGGUGGACACCACAACAGAACUUGGGGAUGAAGAGGUAAUUACCACGGCCCCCGCCUCAGCACAGAGGAAUGGACGCCCCAGUAGCGACGUUGCUGAAGGGAGUUCUGUGGUACGUGAAUGGGUGAACGAACUGACAGGAAGGACGGAGGAGGCUAGCGACACCUUGACGAGCAUGUUCCCGGAUACAUCACGAGAUGUGAUAGUCGCAACACUUCAGCAGAGGUAGGGUGAUUUAUUUUGUGUACUUGGACCACACUCUGAAUUUUGCUUGUUUAGUCCCUAAUAUCGAGUCCGCCGUGGAGAUGCUCCUCGUGACAUCUCGAUAGGACCAACCACACUACCAUUAGAUGUCCGACUUCCGGCGUACUUUUCACAUGUGCAAUUCCCGAUUUAUUAUGAGUCCAGGCCGUACGCAUGUAUCAGUUACUCAAUGCUGUGAGAGUUCAUUCUGGCGACGGGAGUUUUCUGAGCGAAACCCCCAUCCAAUACAAUAUAUCCAUGGGCUAUGGAUUUGCCUUCGACUUCUGAGUGAUUGGUGUCACGACGGCCUUACGAUGCGCCUUGCGAGUCCUCUAGUGC